GGGGGCCGGUCCCACGCUGGCGGGCUGCGCGCAGCCUGUGAGCUGCGGACCCAGCACCCGCAGGGAGCGACCGCUGGCCGGGCUGCAGCAUGCGGCUCGCCCUGCUCCUGGGGCUGCUCCUCUCCCGAGCCGGAGACCUCCUGUCUCUGCCAAGGAGUGACUGCAUAGCAGCGGAACAGCUGUGCCUCUCAGACUCCAUCUGCAAUGCCACCUACAGGAUUCUGGAAGACUGUGCCCUUGCUAAGACUCGCUUCCUUCCACUGGAUCAUGAUAGCAGGGUCAGAUGUCUAAAUGCAGAGCUAGACCUCGGAAACAGCUCUUUACUGCACUGCAAGUGUCACCGACGCAUGAAGAGACAGGAGCAUUGCCUACGCAUUUUCUGGACUGUUCACGCCAGCAUGACAGAUGGCUAUUUCAAUUUGGAGACCUCUCCUUAUGAGAAUCCAGCAAAUGAAGAACACUGGAAGACAGAUUAUAAUGAACUGGCAGCUCUGCUAUCAGGCUCACAGUUAGCAGGAGAUGCAACAAAUCCAUGCCUGAAAGCAACUCAUGUCUGUAAUCUGAGCAAGAAGUGUGUUCGGCUGCGCACAGACUAUGCCUCAAUCUGCACCAAGGGAGCAGGAAGUGAGGACAUGUGUGACCGUCGCAAAUGCCACAGAGGGCUAAGAAAUUUCUUUGAGAAAGUGCCUGAGGAUUUCACUAGAAGGAUCCUGUUCUGUCCGUGUCAGGAUGAACUUUGUGGAGAACGACGCCGGAAAACUAUUGUUCCCGAUUGUUCCUUUCAGUAUAACACUAAACCCAAUUGCCUCUGGGUUCUGGACUCCUGCUUGGAAGACCACAUCUGCAAAUCCCGACUGGCUGACUUCCAACAAAACUGCCAACCUGCAGAUAUGUCCCCAGAUGGUUGCUCUCAGCACAAUCAUGCUGCAUGCCUGCAGGCUUACAUGGGGAUGAUUGGCACGCCUAUGACACCCAACUACAUCAGUAACUCCAGCGUGGAGGUCUCCUUGUGGUGUACAUGUGAGAGCAGCGGCAACCAGAAGGAGAAGUGUGACCAGAUACUCAGCAUGUUUGAGAGCAACAAAUGCCUCGAAAAUACUAUUUGGUCUCAAAUGCACCAGAAGCAGACAGGUCUGGAACGACAGGAAGACUUAUUCUAUUCAUCUUCCCUAAGCUUCCAAGGAGACAGUGCCAGCUCAUCUCUUGCUUCAGAAAUGUCCCAGGUGGCUGAAGUGAAGACACAUCGAGAGACCUCUGAACACAGCAGUUUGCCUAUGGUCUCCUCUGUAUAUUCUGGAACUGCUGUUUCUUGGUCAUCUCUGUCUCUGUUCCUGCCCCUGUUGCUGAGUGCACUUUAACUUGGCAUAAAUUGCAUCUUUCCUUCCCAUAUUAUUAAUCUUAUUCCAUAUCCAGGCACCUCCCACUACUGAUUUACCCUGGAGAAACAAAAGGCUUCUGGAAAAGAGGAAGGGAGUAGCCUUAACCCAUAAAUGCAGUCACUAGAAACCUCUCUCCAGCUUGCACCCCACUUUCCCCCGCACUAAGAGCUGCAGAUUUGGAGCCCACCAUUGCUUCUGCCAUGUUAGUAUUUUGAGUAAAAGUCCAGCUGAUAUUCAAGCACAGUAUUUUAAAACAGAAGUUUGAAUUCUGUCAGAACUUGUGCAGGGUUAGGUUUCUGAAUAGAGGGAGGCACCUUUAGUCAGAAACAGCAUGAAGCUGCAAUAACAGCAUGGAGCUGUAACAGAGGAGGUUCAGGCUGGAUUUUAGGAAAAGGUUCUUCACUGAGGGGGUGUUCAGGCACUGGAACAGGCUCCCCAGGGCAGUAGUCACUGCACUGAGCCUGCCAGUAUUCAAGAAACAUUUGGACAAUGCACUCAGACAUAUAGUUUGAUUUUUGGGUGGUCCUGUGCAGAGCCAGGAGUUGGACUUGAUGAUCCUUGUGGGUCCCUUCCAACUCAGGAUAUUCUAAGAUUCUAUACCUGACACUGUAUCCUAUCACCCCACCUCCUGAAGCUCUUCCUCAGGCACAGAGUACAGCAUACCAUCUUUAAGAUUUAGUGGCCUCACUCCAGGGGGAGUUGCAAACAAAGCUAGGUAAAUGUAAACAUAAAGUCCCUGUCAAACACCAGUUCUGGAUUACUUUCAGUUCCUUUUAUGUUUAUUUUUUUCCAAAUCCAUUCUUUUAAAUAUAUGAAAAACACUAUCCCAGGUCAAGGAUGCUAUACCCCAGAUUAUGUUCUUGCUUCUUUCAGUUUUGCCCCUUGUAACUAUACAUAACAUCCAUUAGCAUGGGUAGCAACAGACUUGUAUUUUGUGGGUUAGCAGAGAUUUCUCUACUCAACCCUAGUAAAUUUAUCUAGCCAAGGAUGACCUUGCCAGGCCUCAGGCCAAACCUUUUUAGGAAUGCUUACAGAAAGCGUAUAGCUCAUUGAAGCUGUAUUCACUACACUGAAGUUGUAUUCUCCUGGCACAUUCAGUUGCAGAAGCCUCUGAAAGAUGGAACUAGUUUGUACCUUUCCACAUACUGAAGUUAUCAUUUUCCCCUUUCACUCCCUGCCAGCCUCCUCCUUUGCCAAGCUCUAUUUCAUAAUCUGUUUAUUCUGAGUGUAAACAUGUGCACUGUAUAACUGCUGUUAUUUUAUGCUGCAUUGGCCUGUUAAAAUGUGGUGUUAAGUAAAUAUUGAUUUCUGAGCAUAGGUUAAUAGUCCACAAUCAAUUGUGUGCAAGAGUUGCCUCAUCAGCCAUCUUAUGCUUUCAGGAUAGCUAGAAACUGAGUUCAGUACAGCUUCUCUACACACACAUAUAAUGCCUCUUGUUCAUCCUAUGAGGUACAACAGAUCUGAACAAUAUUAUGCACAGCUAAUACUGUGUGAGCAAUAUUACAGUCCUGAAUAGAUGCAGAACAGGUUAGCAUUUCUUUUUGCCUUGUGCUUUAUCUGCUCCCAGAAAGGUACCAGCUAGGUAAUGUGCUGUGGUUCCCAGUCACUGUCAGUCACCUUCUUACUAGAGAAUCUUCCAUUGCUAAAUGUAUCAGAGUAGCUGUCCUUCUGCAGUGCUAAUAUUUCUGUUUAGAAUUCCAGCCUUCUCUUACCUUCUUGGGCAGGUAGGGCAGGAAAAUGAUUGCAUGGAUCAGGACUUUGUCUGUUGCAUAGAGAAGCAACACCUUAUUUCCAUGCAGUAGGAACAAGUAUCACGUUAUCUUAAUUAAGAGGAAUAUGAAUGCUGUUAUUUACCACUGCCUACUGAAAUGUGACUAUGUGAAUCAAAAGACAGCAUUGUUUCCACAUGUUUGUUACCCCUCUUUAAUGAAAACAGAGCCCAUGAUACCACAGAACUCUGAGAUCUACAUUUGGCCAUCCUCCAUAAGGUGAGGCUGGAAAUGUGUGUCAAGGUUCUUUAUUGUAGCAUCGUAGGUUGUGUUAUCUCCAGAGAUUGCUGGAGAGUGACAGGGAAGAGGAAAACAUCGCGCUUUACAAUAUUCCACAAAUCAGUGAGAACGUUUAUCAGAAAGAUAGAAUAGCUUUCCCUGAGCCAUCUCUACCACAUAUACAGUCUACAGCAUCCAUCUUCCACUCAUCUAUGCUGUGAGCUUUCCUCUUUCUCCACUUUAGUGCUCUGAGACAGGUGGAUAUGGGGAAAGGCAUUAGCAUUUGUUGUUUGUAUUCAUAGCACUGUGGACUUUUAGCCCCUAAUGAGAAGGUUACUGAUUGCAACUGCAGCCUCCUGUUGUGCCCUGGAUUACAUAGGAAAAUGCUUUACAGUCAGACAAAAUCCUGCUCUAGACAGAAAUUAAAUAGAACACAUCAGUUGGGAUUUUUCUCCAAAUGUCUUACGUCCUUUUUCUAUGUACAUAUGCACCUUUAUAUAUACAGCUGCCUCCUAAAACUCAUUCAUCAAUAACUGGAAACAAAAUUUUCCUAUAAAUACACCUGCACUCACAGGUACUCACACUGAUGUGUGUAGAAAUCCAUUUUUACUUAAACUUUCUUAACACCUAAUCUCCAAAUAUCACAGUUGUUCAAUGACACAGCAUAUGUGCGUGCAGAAGUAUAACUACUACUAAGAAACAUCAUGCCAGUAUCAGUCCAGUUCUGCUAGCAUCACAACACAUUCAGAACAGUUCCUACUAUCUGUACUACAUGGUAAUUUACAAAAAACAAAACAACAACAACAAAAACCCCUCAGCAUCUCUUCACUAGUAACUGCAAUACAACAUCCAGCUAGCACCUUUGCUCUAAAUACAAAAAUAAUCUAAUAGAAAUUCUCUGUCCUGUUAGUCUUAAUAUUGAACUCUCAGCAAGCAUAUAAAAGGAAGGAACCUUCUAAUUGUUGUAAUGUAAAUUAUUUUUAAGAGUGUGAAAUAAUGCCAAAACUCAGUAAUAAAAUUUAUCUUGCAACUCU